AGUGCUUUACAUAUGUGGCGCGAAAUUCAAGCGUGUCGGUGUUGGUGUUUGUGCGGAAGGCGACUUGUUCGCCCAGAGCAUGGCGACAUUGUUUGGUGGAAUCAGCCAACAGCUGGAUUUCUCUAGCUGUGGAGAGGAAGGGAGCAGCAGUGACAACAACUCGGAUGACUGCCUCCUCAGGAUCUGUAGCCCCAGGACUCGCAGUCCCAGGAUCCGUAGUCCUGGCUCUGCUUGCCGCACUCCCGUGGUGCAACGCCACCGCAGCAGAAGCAACACCUUGUCUUCCCCUUUAUCAUGCACCAGCCCAAUACCGUACGCUUUCUGGAAAAAGCUGAGGCUCUGUGACUCUCCCAGCACGCCCAAGAGUCUGUUAUCAAAAUCGUCCCAGCCUUGCUCCAGCACUAAAGUAGCCAGCCACAAGCAGAAGAUCCUGCGCUUCGCUCCAACGGCUGCCGUCCUUAUCCAGGCGCCUACCGUCAACGUGAACCCUUUCACCCCUGACACCGUACGCAGGAACAGCGAGCAGCAGUGGAGGAAGAGCUGUCGGAGUGACGACGAUGACGAUUAUGGGCGCAGGUUGAAACACAGCCUCACGUCAUCUGAAGAGGAUGAUGAAGCCUUUCUCCCACCAAAGAGACGUGCUGUCCAAGCCCUCAUGCUGACACGGUAUGAGAGUGAGUUCCUGGAGCUAGAGUGCAUCGGUGUGGGCGAGUUUGGGGCCGUUUACAAGUGCGUGAAGAGGCUGGAUGGUUGCUUAUACGCCAUAAAACGAUCUCACAGGCCCCUGGUAGGCUCUGCCAACGAGCAGUUGGCCCUAAAGGAGGUGUAUGCACAUGCUGUUCUUGGGCACCACCCACAUGUUGUUCGCUAUUAUUCAGCAUGGGCAGAGGAUGAUCACAUGGUUAUUCAGAAUGAGUACUGUGAUGGUGGAAGCCUCAGUGAUGCCAUUGUGAAGAAGGAGGUGCAGGGUGAGCUGUUCACAGAGCCCGAGUUGAAGGAUCUGCUUUUACAAGUGUCUAUGGGUCUAAAAUACAUCCACAGCUCGGGCCUCGUACACCUGGAUAUUAAACCAAGUAAUAUAUUCAUUUGCCAGCACCGCAGCCAAAGUGCGGGAGCUGAGGGCGAGAGCGAGGAGGAAGACGAUGGAGGCACUUCAGCCGGAGUCAUUUACAAAAUUGGUGAUCUGGGUCAUGUGACCUCAACCAACAGUCCUCAGGUUGAGGAGGGGGACAGUCGCUUUCUGGCCAGUGAGGUCCUGCAGGAGGAUUACAGCAACCUCCCGAAGGCAGACACAUUUGCUCUGGGCCUCACAGUGCUGCUGGCAGCCGGGGCUCCCCCUCUACCUCAAAACGGAGAUCAGUGGCACGAUCUUAGAAGAGGCAAACUCCCCAAACUGCCUCAGGAGCCCUCGCCUCCCUUUAGAGCUUUACUUGAGUUGCUGCUGGAUCCCGACCCGACCAGGCGGCCAUCUGCCAGGGAGCUUUGCAAGCACACGGUCUUAAGGGGAAAGAGGACAGAGAGACUGGCGGCUCAGCUUCGUAGAGAGCUCAAUGUGGAGAAGUUCAGAACGGCCAUGCUUGAAAAAGAGCUUCAGGAGGCGCGCGAGGCAGCUUUGUCGCCGAAACAGAACAUCAAUCCAGAGCUGGAACCUUCUCCCAAGAUGGGGUCAUUACCCAGAACGGGGAGGAGGCUCGUCGGUAGGAGGACCGGCCGAUCCAUGAGCUUUGGUUGCCCUGGGUACGGGGUCUGACGGGACCUUUAGAAGCCCGUGUGCUUUUGAUGCGUCUCUAAUGUGAUUCCUUGGUGGUACAAAUGCAGCAUGAGGCAGUAAAACGCGAUUCGGUACACAGGAGUUGUACCAGCUAGAUGGACAUUCUUGUUCGUGUCUUCUUGGUGUAUUGGUGUAACUGAGAGACUUGGAAGCUUUGGACAGCACUGAUUUUAAAGUACUGAACUGACUCAAACGCAUGUCACUGUUCGAGGACUUGCCUUCUGUUUUUAACUGUAAAUAAAAUUUUUUUAGCAUUUUA